AUGGGUGACCUUCAUCAACUUGAUGCUGAGGAAGACAAGCCAGACACACAAGAAUGCAUACUGCUUGGCUCCAAGGGUACAAAGCUCAAAGGGAGGCAAAGCAAAUCUAUGCUUUUAGAAGCCAGAAGAGUGGUCAUCUUUGAUGGAGUGGGGCAUGAGGAAACUUCUGGAGUGCUGAUAAGGGUUGGUUUGGUGUUGAUCCAGGUGUUGGCUACAAGGAUUCAAAAGCUUUGUGACCGAGUAGCUUCAUCUACUUUGUUGGAUGAUCGGAGAAAUGCUGUCCGUGCUCUCAAGUCAUUGUCUAAGAAAUAUCGUUUGGAAGUGGGCAUCCAGGCUAUGGAACAUCUUAUCCAUGUUUUACAAACAGAUCGGUCAGAUUCUGAAAUAAUUGGUUAUGCUUUGGACACACUAUAUAAUGUAAUAGCUAAUGAUGAUGAAGAAGAAGUAGAUGAUGGUGAAGAAGAAAAUUCCACAAGACAGAGUGAUGAUUUGGGAAGUCAGUUUACAGAAAUUUUCAUUAAGCAGCAAGAAAAUGUCACUCUCCUGCUGUCUUUAUUGGAGGAGUUUGAUUUCCAUGUCCGCUGGCCUGGUGUAAAGCUUCUUACUUCUCUUUUAAAACAACUAGGACCUCAGGUGCAGCAAAUAAUUUUAGUCAGCCCCAUGGGUGUUUCAAGAUUGAUGGAUUUACUAGCAGAUUCCAGGGAAGUUAUACGUAAUGAUGGUGUGUUGCUACUUCAAGCACUAACAAGAAGCAACGGAGCAAUCCAGAAAAUUGUUGCUUUUGAAAAUGCUUUUGAGAGACUACUAGACAUUAUUACAGAGGAGGGGAACAGUGAUGGAGGUAUUGUAGUGGAAGAUUGUUUGAUCUUGCUUCAAAACCUGUUAAAAAAUAACAAUUCCAAUCAAAAUUUUUUUAAAGAAGGCUCCUAUAUUCAGCGUAUGAAACCUUGGUUUGAAGUUGGAGAUGAAAAUUCUGGCUGGUCUGCUCAAAAAGUGACUAAUUUGCAUCUAAUGCUACAGCUUGUUCGAGUACUGGUGUCUCCCAACAACCCUCCUGGUGCUACGAGCAGCUGCCAGAAGGCCAUGUUCCAGUGUGGGUUGUUGCAGCAGCUCUGCACGAUCCUAAUGGCUACUGGGGUUCCUGCUGAUAUUCUGACGGAGACCAUUAACACUGUAUCAGAAGUUAUUCGAGGUUCCCAAAUAAACCAGGACUACUUUGCUACUGUAAAUGCUCCUUCAAGUCCACCGAGACCAGCAAUUGUGGUACUUCUCAUGUCCAUGGUUAAUGAAAGGCAGCCAUUUGUAUUGCGCUGUGCAGUUCUCUACUGUUUCCAGUGUUUCUUAUAUAAAAAUCAAAAGGGACAAGCCGAAAUUGUGUCAACACUCCUGCCUUCCACCAUUGAUGCAACGGGCAUUUCCGUCUCAGCCGGGCAGUUGUUAUGUGGAGGUCUGUUUUCUACUGAUUCACUUUCAAACUGGUGUGCUGCUGUGGCCCUUGCCCAUGCUUUGCAAGAAAAUGCUACCCAGAAAGAACAGUUGCUCAGGGUUCAACUUGCUACCAGUAUGGGCAACCCUCCGGUUUCUCUGCUGCAACAAUGUACCAACAUCCUUUCACAGGGUGAUAAGAUCGACAGACGGGGAAGCAAGAUACAGACGAGAGUUGGCUUAUUAAUGUUGCUUUGUACUUGGUUAAGCAACUGUCCCAUUGCAGUAACACAUUUUCUUCACAAUUCAGCCAAUGUCCCAUUUCUUACAGGACAAAUUGCAGAAAAUCUUGGAGAGGAAGAGCAGUUAGUCCAGGGCUUAUGUGCCCUCUUAUUGGGCAUUUCCAUUUACUUCAACGAUAACUCGCUUGAGAACUACGUGAAAGAAAAACUGAAACAACUUAUAGAGAAGAGGAUUGGCAAAGAGAAUUUCAUAGAGAAACUAGGAUUCAUUAGCAAGCAUGAAUUGUAUUCCAGAGCAUCUCAGAAACCCCAGCCAAACUUCCCAAGUCCUGAAUGCAUGAUAUUUGAUCAUGAGUUUACGAAGCUAGUGAAAGAACUUGAAGGUGUUAUAACUAAGGCUAUUUAUAAGUCCAGUGAAGAAGAUCAAAAAGAAGAAGAGGUAAAGAAAACAUUGGAGCAGCAUGACAGUAUUGUGUCUCACUAUAAAAAUAUGAUUCGAGAGCAGGACCUGCAACUUGACGAAUUAAAGCAGCAGGUUUCUACGUUAAAAUGUCAAAAUGAACAGCUGCAGACAGCAGUCACACAACAAGUGUCUCAGAUUCAGCAACACAAGGAUCAAUAUAAUCUUCUCAAAGUACAGCUAGGAAAAGAGAGUCAGCAUCAGAGUUCUUACAGCGAUGGGACUCAGGUAAAUGGCAUUCAGCCAGAAGAGAUUGGUAGGUUACAAGAAGAGAUAGAAGAAUUAAAAAGUAAUCGGGAACUUUUACAAAGCCAACUGUCUGAAAAGGACUCUUUGAUUGAAAAUUUGAAAGCUUCCAAAACAUCUUCUGAGACAAAUGAACAAUAUUCAGCAAUCACUUCAGUUGGAGAUUCUGAGGAAGUUGCAGAAUUAAAACAGGAACUGGCAACAUUAAAGUCUCAGUUGAACUCACAAUCCGCGGAGAUCACCAGUCUACAGACAGAAAAGCAGGAGCUAUUGCAGAAAACAGAAGCAUAUGCCAGUCCAGUUCUCAUAUCAGAAGAGAGUGAAACAACAGCUGCGAAAACUACUGAUGUGGAAGGAAGGCUAUCAGCAUUAUUGCAAGAGACUAAAGAGUUAAAGCGUGAGGUCCAAGCCCUGUCUGCGGAAAAGGCUGCCAUCGAAGAGCAGCUGGCCUCGUCCAACUGCACCAUUGCCAUUCUGCACAACGAGAAGAAGAAGCUGGAGGGGGAGAUGAAGGACUCCAAAAAAGAGCAAGAUGAUCUCUUCAUGCUGCUGGCCGAUCAGGAUCAGAAAAUUCUAUUCUUGAAGAAGAAACUGAAGGAAGCGGGCCAUCCUGCGGAAGAAGAGGAUGAACUGGAAUCUGUAGGCCAACCUGAUGAUGAUGAAGAUGAGGAGGAUGUGGAACAGCAGGAUCAUAGCUAAUUAGAAUCCCUAGGAAUGGUAGAGAUUACAUGAUAACUUUGAAGACGGUGUUGUGGUCUACCUUUUCAGAAAAUAAAGAUUCAGAAAGCACGUGUGAAGCAUUCACUACUCAGAUUAUUAUUGUAUUUUUUAAAUGAUGCUACUCAUGAUAAAAGCCCGAGCCCCUGUAUAGAAGCCAUACCCUUUCUGUUAAUUUAUCUGAACAUUCCCCAAAUGUAAUUUGCAAAGAGUUCAAGACAUCAAAAGGACAUCAUUUUAAAGCAUAGUGGCAAUGCUGUUUGCCAUGAGUUAUCUACAUCAAUUCUCUAUUUUGUUUAUUAUUUUCACUUCUCAGAAUUUGUGGCUUUCAGUACUAACUUAUUUGAUUUAUUGAAUUGGAAUCAUUGUUUCUAAAUUCAGCGAGAAGUUCUUAGCUGAUGGUUUUCUUUUCGAGAAAUGGGUGUACCGCAAGGCAAGAGAGCAAGCGCUGGAGCUCACGUCUGCCAGCGGCCCUCCCUCCGCCGGUGCGCCUCCUGCAGUGAGUCCCGGCACAGGAGUAGGACGAGCGCCGUGACUCGCUGACGUGGCUGCACCGUGCGCCUCAGUGAAGAGCCAGGAGGGGAGAGGUGGUUUCUGAGAACUUUGGCAAUGGUAUAUUUGCAUGUGCCUGGUUUUCUUUUUAUUUUAAGCUGAGCAUUUAAAAGAAAUAUUUCUAGUUAACAGCUGAUGCAUCUCAGAUUUACGACAGCAUUGUUUAUCGAAAACAUAUUAUGUUCAUAAAAGACCCACACUAUGAUUUGUGUAAUUUAUUGGCAUUUUUGCUGAAUAAGUUUAAGUCAGAUAAUAGAUUUAUAAAAAGCAAAUGAAGCCAUGUGUCAAAAUUUAAUGUUUUGGUAAUAAAAAUAGCUAUGUUCACUUAA